AUGAGCACUGCCGCGUAUAACAGAUCGAAGAUCCGUCACCUAUCUAUGCACGCACGGGACUGCCUGUACUAUAAAAACGAAGAUUGCACCUGUGGUAUUGGAAAUAAGAUGCCUACUACCAAUCUGCCUCCACAGACGCGGAACUUGGCAUACAUGUUCGACAGAGAGCAGAUGUGGCGUGAUCCCAUGGGAUUAGAGCCUCGUUACUCUUCUAGCUUAUCUACACAUCAAAGAGAUACGGGCCAUUCCCCUCACUUGUGUGAUCGAGCGUGGACUGAUGAUCCGCAAUGUUGGUGUAACAUGCUCCGCAUAUCAGAGCAAGAGAGAGCUCAAUGCAAAGCUCGGAUGACUCGUCAUCGCCCAAAAGAGCUCUACGGAAGAGAUCCAUAUGCUGACCUACCUUGCGUUAUGAGGACCUAUCAAGGAGAAAGGGUAAUCGUCCCACACAAGAUCCCGCAGAGGGAACCGCCAUAUGGCUGGGGCUUUCGAAAUUCCUUCGAGCUGAGGGAGCCAAGAGAUUAUACAAAGGAAUACCUCGAGAUUUUGCAAAAGGAGAACUCCUUCUGCGGCACAUUCUUUAAGCCAGCAGGAGUUAGCGGCCGCAACGGAGUCCAAAAUGGGUUUUGGCCAUUUGGAGGCCCAAAGGAAGCUUGA